AGACUCCUUCUUUUGUUUCUCAAUUCAAAUCAUCCUUUCGAUCUACACUUCUUUUUUUAAAAAUCUCUUGGUUUGCAACUUCGUCAAUCUUCUGCAACUUGUUCUUUUUCUUCCAUCGUCUUUUUUUCCUUGUUCCUCUCUCUAAAAUCAAAGAUGGAAGCUAGUGCAUUAAGACUAAAGAAUGAGGCGGAAAAAUUCGAAGGGAGUGUGAAGCAGAUUUGAUAAGGAAAAAAUCGAAGCAAAAUGAAGGAACAAAUAGCGAGAGGAAGAAACAAGAUGCAUGUUCGCUAUUCGAUUAAUCGAGCAUGUUGGUAAGGUAAAUAGGUAAUUCUACUACACAAUAGAAUGACCAAAUUUCAUUUGAUUCCAAAGAGUGGGCCAAGUUAACCGCAUUUACAUUUGCAAUGCAAUAAAAAUUAAUUUAUGAUUGUAAGACUUAGAGAUCCCUCUCUCUCUCUCUCUCCCCUCCUUUUCCUGUGUGUGUGUGUGUGAACUGUAAACGUGAUUACCAGAAUCAGAGCAGAGCGGCACUAAAUGCAAUUCACUCUCUUCCAACCAAUCACUCUGCCUUUUUCUUUUUACUUGUCUUCCCUCUUUCUUUCUCCUAUCUCCCACUUUCCAAUCCUCUUCUUCCUCUAAACCCUGCAAUGUUUCUGAGCCUUCUCUGUCCCUGAAUCCCCCCAUCUCUGCUCUCUCCAAACCCAUCUUCUUCGAAAUGGGUUGCUGUGUCAGUACUACUAGAGCUUCUAAUUCUUCCUCUUCACCCCACCACUCUAGAUCUACCUAUUCCCAUCCCAAACUCAAUCGCGUUGGAAACAGAGCACCCCCUCCACUCGAAGAAGAGUCUGUCAAAGAGGUUCUCUCUGAAACUCCCAAACCCAGACCUACGCCGAUUGGGGAGAGGAAUCCCGACGAAUCUGCCUCCGGGAAGGUCAAUGGGAGGAUCCACAUUCAUCCCACAGAAGAAAUUUCUGAGGUUUCUGAUGUUUGCAGCUUUAGCGAAACCCUAUCUACUACGACUGUAACAGAGAAGUUGGAUGAUUUCGAAGAGAUACGUCAGAGGAUUUGCAGAUCUCCGGCCAAAUUGGCUAAAAACCGGUCACCCUCAGAUGAUUGGGUUCCUAGGAGGGAUAGAAUGGUGGGUAAAUCGCCAACGCGAAAAUCCGAUCAGUCGCCCAGCCGGUUAAACGGCGGCGCUGGAACUGUGAAGUUGGUGCAAAGCAGAGAUAUGGGGCAGGGACUCACAAGGCGAAGUCCGAGGCCAGAGCCACACCUGCAGAAUAGAACUGAGAAUGCGUAUCGGAGGUCAAGAUCCCCUGCUUAUACCCGAACCGACAGCGGAGCCUCCAGAACAGCCGCUGGCCGAAGCCCAUCUGUCCGGAGGUCCGGAAUGUCGCCGGGAAGGGAAGCAACCGCCGGAAGAGACUAUUACCGGAAAGAAGCAGGGCAAUCUCAGGCUAUAGAGAACGCGACGAUAGAGGGAAAAUGGCGGACAACAAAUGAGUCCCUCGAUAACCCACUUGUUUCAUUGGAAUGCUUCAUCUUCCUCUGAAAGAUGAGAGAAUAUUCCGGGCGCAUAUUACGUCCCAGUUCGCCGGACCGACGAGUGGCAUUCAAAUUUCUUGUACUCUGUUUUACGUCUUCAUUUACGGUGUGAUUCCUAUUCUUGGUCUGGAAAUUGUAGUAAGUUGUAAAUAAUGAAUGUCUGAUAGGUCAAUUUAGGAAACAGACCGUAUUUGGCACAGCUGGGUAGGCGAAGUCUCUCUGUUUUCUCUGAAAGUAAAUCUUUUGCCAUACUGGUACAAAGAUUGCAUUUUCUUUACUCUCUCUCUCUUAUUCAGUAUCGUAUUUUUGGUGUACUCACUAAUCUUCGAAAAUGGAAAUUAAAGAUAUGGUUAGUACUAAUUCUACACUAAAAUGAUUAGAGACGUCAUCCCAAUUGAAUGAGCUCUGUUUUUUAUGGUACAAACAGUCAGGUUCUUCAGAGUUCAGACCCAGACUCUUACACCUGCUUAGACAAAAAGGAUGGAAGAAAGAAAGAAAAAAUGAAAAUAAAUUAUGAGACAGUCCACCAGAUGAUUUCUGAAACGAAGACUGAUUUAGAUCAGAGGAAGAGUGGAGACGAAGGAUCGAUCACCAUCACCAACUUUCUUUCUUCAGCAUUGAACGAGUCCAAAGCUUGGGAAUUUAGAGAAGCUCCAUGACAACAAAUGAAGACUAUUGCAGCUGAAAGUUGAACUAAAAUGAGAAGUUAAACCGUUGGGGGCAAUCUAUGUUGCUCCAUAUUCAUGCAAUAUUGAAUCAAUGUAUAUUAUAUUAUGGAUAUAUGCUGUCUUUUUCUUGCUGACGGAGUAUCAAUUAUUGUGGAGUGUUGUGAAUUCUUGACCUUUUUAGCAGGGGCAGAAUUUCCUUGAGUUUGGAACUUUGGAGUCAAAAACCAUAAAAAAAUAGAUCUAUGUGCCAUUUCCCAACA